AUGUCUUCAUUGAACCUGGAAGAUCCAACAGGCCUUCUCAACUUUCUCUCAAAACUUGGACUGGACAUAUUUUAUCCCAACAAGCUCACUCUUCGGUCUCUCUUGGAGAUCAACAAAAACUCUGUGUAUGAUGAAGCAGUUUCAUCAGUGGAGGACAUACCGUGGUGUUUUCUCAGAAAACUGUUUAAGCUCAAUGCAGAAUGCAGGACCUGUACACAAAUAUCUAAAACAGAUGAUUUUGAAGAGGAAGAAAACAAUGACAUCUUUGACCUUGACCUUUACACCGCAGAUGACUCUGCAGAUAAUACAGUCAACCCUCUUGACCUUGUAGUUGCACUCUUCCUCUGUGCUGACAGCUUCUUGCAACAGGAAAUAGCCCUCAAAAUGUCCAUGUGCCAGUUUUCUGUCCCUCUGCUGUUGCCCCAUGGUAACAAUAGUCCAUGUACCUUUAUGCUGUGGGCUCUGAGAGACAUCGUCAAAGAGUGGCGUCCACAUGACAUGUCAGAAUCUAGAGGGUUUGUCGAAAACAACAUUGUCCAGACAGAACUACCCUUGUUCUACUUUGUGAGGCUUAAAAACUGCAGUUUAUCCAAGUCCCAGUGUCUGAAUCAUAUUCUCAGCCAGGGCCAGUGCAACAACAACACAUUUAUACACAGAGAUAUGAAAGGAGGAACCCAUAAGAGGAAAAUUGCAAAUGGACUGGUCGAGGUCUGUUGGUACCUUCCCUGUGGCAGAAAAAAUCUUGACAAAUUCCCCAAACCAGUUGCUGUAGCAAAUCUGAGAGGGGACAUUGGUCAGUCUCUUACCCACUUCAGUUUCCUUUUUCAAGUUUCAUCUGCUACCUUUGUAUUUCUGGACAAAGUUGAAGAAGAUGAGCACCAGAUUCUGAUGUCUCUUCAAGAGGCGAGAUCUAAACUGUUCCUGGUUGUCAACAAGAGAGAGAAUGCUAAAGAGGAUCUGAUCACAGUCAGGACAACAGCGAAACAACUAGAUUUACCACAGACCAAUGUGAAAAUCAGAGACCCGCAUACAAAUUCGAUUGAGUUUUCAGAGAAACUUUGUGCAACCAUCAAAAAAUCCUUGACAAGUGUAAAAACUACAAUUACUUUAGUAAAUAUGCUUGACAAGGCUGUUGACUUCGGUCUGUGUGAGGAUGAAAGCACAAGCAACGACCAAAAGAAGGCCGCUGAAGACAUUGUGAAAGGCAUCGGUCUGCGACCUAUACCAGAGUACAAGAACAGACAACUUCCUUUGCAGGGUGAUAACUGGAAAAGGUUAUCACUGCUAGAAAUAGAGGAAUGCAGGUUAAAAAGAGCUGGUGAUCAAGCACUAGAAGAAUAUAAAUCUCAGCUGCAAAUGGAAAAACAAAAAAUUGAGAAAGAUCUUGGCAAACACAAACCUUCUGAAGCCAUGAAAAGAUUUAUUGAACAACUAUCUACUCGUGACAAAGUGAAGAAAGGUUUCUUCCUGAGGUGGAUGAAACUUAAACUGAACUCACAUUUACAGUCUGCUGUGCAACGAUCUUUACUGCACGAAAAACUGUCUGAAGAGUCCAACAAAAAGGAGAAAGACAGGAAAGAGAUCCCAGCGCUGGAUCAGGCUUUGCUAGAAAGCUCUUUGGGAGUAGAACAUUACAUGAGAGAGAUGGGGCUGAUGUAUGAGUUUUCCUCCCAGUCACAAAACACUGAUGAGAUAAUCUCUUACCUCCCUGCUUUGGCUGCUGAAAUGUUGCUGGAUGGAUAUCCGUUAGAGCUUCUAGAUGGAGAUGCUUCCAACAUCCCACAGAGGUGGGUGACAGAUGUGCUGCUGGAGCUCCACAACAAGGUUGGAGGGAAGAGCCGACUGUUGGUGCUGACUGUGUUGGGUGUUCAAAAUUCAGGGAAGUCGACGCUUCUGAACACCAUGUUUGGUGUGCAGUUUCCUGUCAGCAGUGGUAGAUGCACAAGAGGAGCCUAUAUGCUCUUUCUCAGAGUAGGCGAUGACAUGCAAAGCCAGCUGAACUAUGACUUCAUCGCUCUCAUUGACACAGAGGGUCUUAAGUCUCCUUGUUUGGCACAAUUAGAGGACAGUUAUGGGCAUGAUAAUCAGCUGGCAACCUUUCUCAUUGGCUUAAGUGAUGUUACCAUUAUCAAUGUUUCAAUGGAGAACUCUACUGACAUGAAAUAUGUUCUUCAAAUUGCAACUCUUGCAUUCUUGAGGAUGAAGGAAAUUGGGAAAAAGCCAGUUUGUCAUUUUGUGCACCAAAGUGUUGAUGGAGUGUCUGCCCAUGCAAAGACCAUGACGGAGAGAAAGCAUCUCUUGGACCAACUCAAUGAAAUGACUCAAAGUGCUGCUGGAAUGGAAAAACUUCCUACCGUACAGUUAUUCACAGAUGUGCUGGAGUAUGAGGUGGAGAAAAAUAACUGGAACAUCCCAGGACUGUGGCAUGGGACCCCACCAAUGGCACCAGUGAACACAGGCUACAGCGAAGCCGUUGCAGAUUUCAAGACAAAUCUUCUGGAGACAGUAAAAAGAGACAAAGGUGAUCAUGUGUCAGACAUCCUAGAGUUUAUAGAGUGGGUGAAAAGUCUUUGGAGAGCAGUGAAGUUUGAGAACUUCAUAUUCAGUUUCAGAAACACUCUUGUGGCUCAAGCCUAUGACGAUCUUUGCAAAGAGUUCAAUCAGUGGGAAUGGGAGUUCAGAAAAGAGAUUACCAACCGGCAAAGAGAAACUGAAAUGGAAAUCUUAAAUGCUGACAGUGAAUCUGAGCUUCAUCAGUUGAAAGACUUGGUCAAAUCAAAGAAGUCUGAGGUAUCAGCGAAAAUAGAAGAACACCAAACAAUAAUGCAUCAGAAACUCAAGGACUACUACGAAAGGAAAGACAGGCAUGUCCAUCUGAUAGUCAAGUACAAAAGUGAGUUUUUCAUCAGAAUCAAGGGUCUUGCAAAUGAAAUCCAACAUUCAGCAAACAAUGACUUGGAUUGUGCACUUGAACACAAAAAAAGUUUAAAAGAGGCCGAGGAACUUCAAAGAAAACACAGAAAAGUGAUUGAAAAACAGGUCAUGAAACUUUUGAGUGACUGCAAAAACCACACACUGUCUGAGAAGGAGCUGGAGAAAGAGUUUGAGAAGAUGUGGGCUGAGGUCACUGUAAAUGUAGCUGGCCUGAAAGAAGAAGACAUACCUGCAAAGGUUCUUCAACAGUUGAGAAAUCAUUUUGUAAAUUGCAAUGUCAAUGAGAAACUACAGAAAGUCAGAGACCUUAAAGAAAUUGGCAAAGGUCAAUUUAAGGCCAAGACUGGUCAUGUAAAAAUGACAAAUUUCUUUUUUACAAAUUUCUUUUUUCAGAAAGCUGUAAAAAGAGAAUUGCAAAGCCUGACAGACAGUGCGAUUGACUCUUGCACAAGAUUUGUGAAAGAUACUGCACAGACAGACAGAGACUACCAUGAUUCUCUCACAAAGGAGCUGCUGGAAAAAGUUGAUGAAUACAUUAAGCAAGGUAGCAUGAACUACAAGCCUGAAUUUGAAGUUGACCUGAAACUUCACAUUUGUGGAUUUGCUUCAAGAGAGUUCCUCCUCAUGCACAGAAAAUACUUGAUUGAAAGGGAUCCAAGAGUUGAGCUGAAGAAGAAAAAGAAACAGUACUUGACAGACUUCAUUGAUUUAUACAAACAGAGAGAUCACUGCCAACGCAAAGCAACUGAUUACGCCAGACUUUGCAUCAAACCAGCGGUUGAGGAGCACAUCAACAGAUCUCUGGGAGUUGAGAUUGUUGACAAAAUUUUGACAAGUUGCCAUUCACCACAGUUCAGUUCUCGCUCCUUUUUCCAGUACAACAUUCAGGAAGAGUUGCUGCAAAGAGAUGACUUUGAGAGUUUUGUCAAGUACAUUAGCAAAUAUGAAAUAUUUGUUAAAGAUUGGAUAUUUCAGCAUGUCCUGGAAAAAAUGUCAGAGGGCCAGACUCUGUGCAAACUGAAGAACAAAAUUCUUCAUGUCAUAGUUGACAGAGUAAAAGAAGCACUGGAGCAGUCAAAAAAAAGCAGUGAUGGCACUCUGCUGCCAGAUAACCAGGAGAGCAUCCAUGAGCUUAUCAACAACAUGCGCGAGUAUUUGAUCAAAGACAUCUCAAUCUCAGUGGAGGAUGAAAAAACCACCUUGUUUCAGAUCCAAAGCACAUGCCAUCCAUUCACAGAGAGGCUCUUUAGAUCAUUGGAUGAAUUAAAGAAGGAGCUGCAGGAGGAAUUCUCAAAGUCUGAUGACAUCUCUGAGACUUUAAUAAAACUACCAAUCAAACCACAAGAUGAGCUCUUUAAACAGGUGUUUGGCUGUGGGAAACAAUGUCCGUUUUGCAAAACUCCUUGUGAAGCUGGUGGCAAAGAACACAAUGAGCACCAUGCAGCUAUGCACCAACCUAAAGGUAUAGGAGAUGUCCGAUACAUAAAUACUCAGAAGUUGGUUGUAACCCUGUGCACAACAGAUGUCCACAGUGAGGGCAAAUUCCAAAGCUCAGAGACUGAAUGGAAGGACCAUCCUUUAAAAGACUACAGAAAAAUCUUCAAAGACUGGCACAUUCCUCCUGAUCGCACCAUCAUGGCAUCUGACUACUGGAAGUACGUCCUGGUAAAAUACAACAACAGAUUUGCUCAGGAAUACAAAGCCAAGCCUGCUGAUGUACCAGAGGCCUGGAGAAACAUCACAAAGGAACAAGCACUGAAAGGUUUAAAACAGGCCUUCAACAAGGAGUGA